AGAAACUAAAUCUCUUCUGAAGAACUUUGUUGUGAAAAUUAUAAACCUCUUAUUUAUUAUUAAGAGUCAAUUAUGCCUCAGUUCUAUGUGAGAUAAGACAGGGUGCCUGGAAAGCCAGCCCCAAUUGAAAAGUUUUUCUUGCACUGACCAUCAAUUCUAAGGUUGUACACCCCUUCCCCCACCCCAAACACCAAAAAGAGAACUCAUCAAUUCUAUCUAAAAGAAUUUUCUACUUAGUUUUCGAGCUGAGACCGAAAAAUAUAACAAUUUGCAUCUUUAGGAUGGUUUGCUUAUUGCUUUUGUAUUGUUGACAUCAGCAAUAAAGAUUUUAUUUUGUACAAAUUGUCUGCGCAUAUCAUUUGGUACAUGGCUGGAGUGUUAUAAGGUUGUAUAGCAAUGGACACUGUGGCUAUGCAUUAAAUUCUAGGUUGAUGGAGGUAGUCAGGAAUAGAGAAAUUUGUUGUCACAGUUUCACCAACUAUCCUUUGAUGCUUUAUCAAUAGGUCUGAUAGUCUAACAGUUUCUUGCUUUUAAAUGUAUAGCUCGAGCUAGGAAAGAAUGGGUCGGAAAGCUGGUAGUCUACGUAUAAACCCCAAGAAAUUUGGAGGCCUCCAUAAACCUUGCAUGAAGGAAAUGGUGGCUUUCCUUAAUUGUUUGGCUCUUAACCACAACAAUGAUGAGAAGUGCGUUCGGCAAAAAGAUCUUAUGACUGCCUGCAUGGAUGCUCAGACUAGCAAAAGCAGAAAGCCUUGGGGAAGCAUUAAUUAUCAUCUGCAGAGGCUUAACAGGGGAAGAAAAAGGAAUCUAAGGAAUCAUGACUCCGACGAAGUCCUAGUGUACCUGCCUGCGUUUGGUUCCGGAUCUAAAAAGUUGAGUCUCGACCCGCCUGGAGUACCAACCGACGUGGGUACCAUGGCACUCGUGUCACUUGGUGGCCUCCGAAAAAAUACUUGA